UUUGCUGUCCUUUAUGUCCUGGAGGAAUGUGAGAUGGUGUUACUGGUAGCCAUGGCCUGGGACAGAUAUGUGGCCUUAUGCAAGCCCCUCCACUAUCUGACCAUCAUGAGCCCACGGAUGUACCUUUUGCUUCUAAUUGGUUCAUGGAUUAUUGGUCUCAUUCACUCUGUGGCUCAGUUAGCUUUUGAUGCCCAUUUGCCUUUUUGUGGUUCUAAUGAGAUAGAUAGUUUUUACUGUGACCUUCCUAGGUUCAUCCAACUUGCCUGCAUAGACACGUACAGAAUGGAGUUCUUGGUUACUGCUGACAGUGGAUUAAUUUCUGUCACUACCUUUUUCUUAUUGAUUGUCUCCUACAUCUUCAUACUGUUCACUGCUUGGAAGCAGUCCUUGGAAUGUUUGUCCAAGACCCUCUCUACACUUUCUGCUCACAUCUCUGUGGUGGUUUUGUUCUUUGGACCAUGCAUCUUCGUGUACAUAUGGCCAUUUCCUAAUGUCCCAGUGGAUAAGUUUCUUGCCAUUCUGGACUUCAUGAUUACACCCAUCCUGAGCCCUGCCAUUUACACACUGAGGAACAAAGACAUGAAGGUGGCAAUGAAGAGACUGAGUAAACAACUCCUGAGUAGGAAAAGUAUCUCCUAA